CUCGCUCGCUCCACAUCCCACUUUCAACAGAUUAUCAGGACGAUCUGCUGGGAACACAUGCCAUUAACACAACGCUGAGACCCUCACACUGCUGAGACCCUCACACAGAGACCCUCACACUGAGACCCUGACACCGCUGGGACCCGCACGCUUCUGCCACGGAAUAGACCAACUGUCCCCAAGAACGACUCGGAGGACAGUGAGUCAUCUCUGAGGAGGACAGAGAGUCAUCUCGAGUUAUCUCGAAUCAUCUGAUCGGUGUGUGGAUAAUUGGAGUUGUUGGAGGACACCUGCUGCCCAGACGCCAGGGGAGAUGAGCGGGGAGAUGAGCGAGGAGAAGCCCGCCGAGGGCGUGCCCGCGGAGGACAACCCGGUCCCCAACGGUCGGGGCCACGAGGCCGACGACUCCGCCCCAGCCCCCACCGCCACGGCUAUAGCGGCCCCUGCGGAGGGCGCCGGCAAACCCGAGGACACAGAAGCCCAGCGAGCCGAGAGCUCGGAGUUCCUCUCAGCCAUUGACGACAAGAAGAACCCGCGCUUCACAGACUUCGAGGGGAAGACGUCCUUCGGGAUGUCGGUGUUCAACCUGGGCAACGCCAUCAUGGGGAGUGGCAUCCUAGGCCUGGCCUACGCCAUGGCCAACACCGGAGUGGUUCUAUUCCUGAUCCUCCUCACAGUCGUGGCGGUCCUGUCCUCCUACUCCAUCCAUCUGCUGCUCAAGCUGUCGGGGAUCGUAGGUAUCCGCGCCUACGAGCAACUGGGCUACAGAGCCUUCGGGACGCCGGGGAAGAUGGCAGCAGGCAUAGCGAUCACCCUACAGAACAUUGGAGCAUGUCCAAGUUAUCUGUACAUCGUCAAGUACGAGUUCCCUCUGGUCAUCCAGGCCUUCCUGAGGCUGGACAAGCCUGAGGGGGAAUGGUACAUGAAUGGAAACUAUCUUGUGAUCAUCGUGUCCAUUUUAGUGAUUCUGCCCCUGGCUCUGAUGAAACAGUUAGGGUACCUUGGCUACACGAGUGGCUUCUCCCUGUGCUGCAUGGUGUUCUUCCUCAUCGCAGUCAUCUAUAAGAAGUUCAACAUCCCCUGUCCAUUCGUGGACUUUACUCUCAACGCCACCCUCAUCGCCGUGGGCAACGACACUGGCCCGGAAAACCCUGCCUGCAUCCCCAAACUGGUCAACCUCAACUCCCAGACGGCCUACACCAUCCCCAUCCUGGCCUUUGCCUUCGUGUGCCACCCUGAGGUGCUGCCCAUCUACACUGAGUUGCGCAACCCUACUAAGAAGAGGAUGCAGCAUGUGUCCAACAUCUCCAUCGCUGUCAUGUACACCAUGUACUUCCUAGCUGCUCUGUUUGGUUACCUGACCUUCUAUGGCGAGGUUGAGGCUGAGCUGCUGCACACCUACAGCCGCAUCGACCCGUACGACACGCUGAUCCUGUGCGUCCGCGUGGCCGUGUUGGUCGCCGUAACGCUCACCGUCCCCAUCGUACUGUUUCCUGUUCGGAGGGCCAUUCAGCAGAUGCUAUUCCCCAACAAGACCUUCAACUGGCCGCGGCACGUUGCCAUCGCCGUGGUCCUCCUCAGUCUCAUCAACCUGCUGGUCAUCUUCGCCCCCAACAUCCUGGGCAUCUUCGGCAUCAUCGGUGCCACGUCCGCCCCGUGCCUAAUCUUCAUCUUCCCCGCGGUCUUCUACCUGAGGAUCGUCCCUAACGAGGAGGAACCGCUGAGAUCGCCCCCCAAAAUCAUGGCGGCCAUCUUCGCUGGAAUCGGCUUCCUGUUCAUGAUAAUGAGCCUGAGCUUCAUCAUCAUCGACUGGACGUCUGGGAGCAGCAGCGCCAGCAGCGGCCACUAGGGUGCCCCUCCUCCUCCCAGGGUUUAUAUCAACGUAGUACUGUCUUGUGUUUUGGCCGUUUUUGUUCUCGGAUCCUAUUUGAUGCGUAUUGUUUGCCAGGCUAAGCUCUGGUCCCGGGUCUACAGAGCUGGGUUUGGUCUGUCCUUCAGCCAAUCAGUGACCUUGUUGUGGUGGCAAAUUCUUCUUCUUGGGAAAUGGGUUGAAUUUCUUCCUGUAUGGGCCAAGAGCUUACAGGUAGCUGUUGAUGUUUCGAGGCCAAGUCCAGUGAGAACAUGUAUAUUUCUACAUGUCUAUGUGUUAGAAGUGGAUAGAGAUGUCUGUAUGUCCCUGACCCACAGUGCUCCAUGGUUGUCAUGGCAGCCUGCAGCUGCCAUUACGUGCUACCGCCGUUCCUACUAUGAACUAUUAUCUGCAAAAUAUAGGACUCAUCUAUGUCAAUAUAUGAUGUUCACCUCCAUGUUCGCUGUCUCCAGUGACAGCCGAAGAAAUUAUUUUGUAAUCGACUUUUUUGUAUUUAUUAUAUCAUCUCAGAGUAACUAUGAGUUAUUCAAGUAACAGCAUCGUUUUUUAUGUGCAGGUGAACAUUGCAUCAGAGUGAGAGAGCGAGAGAGUGAGUGAAAGGGUGAGUGAGAGGGGGAGAGAGAGAAAGCGUGAGAGAAAGAGAGCUAGAGAGUGAGAGAGAGAAAGCGCAAGAGAGAGAGCUAGAGUGAGUGAGAGAGAGAUAGAAAGCCCAAGAGAGAGAGCUAGAGAGGGGGCGCGCGAGAGAGAGAGAGAGAGAGAGAGAGAGAGAGAGAGAGAGAGAGAGAGAGAGAGAGAGAGAGAGAGAGAGAGCGAGAGAGAGAGAGAGAGAGAGAGAGAGAGAGAGAGAGAGAGAGAGAGAGAGAGAGAGAGAGAAUCACCAUCAGUGUGUGCAAACAGGAAGUGAGUACCUGGGACUUUAUUGUGUACACAUUGUGCGUUCAGCUUUCCUAAACAACAUUUAUUUUUUGGUUGGAAUUAAAUGUCGACGACUCCACCACAAAUAUCCUCCCAUUUAAUUUGCCGCGCUUGUAUUCGUUUUGAUCAGGCCGUUGAUAUCGGUUGAGGAGGUCUGUUACUUUUGGUUUCAUGUCCAGGUGACAAUGUGAUCAGAAAACCAACAGAACAGGGUUAGGUCUAGAGUUUACCUCCGGAGGGUUUAACAGAUCCAAGGGUUUGCUCUAGCCUUUACCUCCAGGCGGAUUAGAGGAACCAAGGGUUAGCUCUAGAGAUGACCUCCAGAAUGUUUAACAGAAGAGGGUUAGCUCUAGAGUUGACCUCCAGGGGGAUUCUUCAGUCCCUGAAUCAAAGCGGCUGAUAGUCUUCUUUCUUUAUUGGGGAUUGUAGUAAAAUAAAAUGGAACCGUUUAUGAAAAUAGGAAAGUUUGCCUCUUACUGUUCUUUGCGAAUAGACAGAGUCAUCGAAUGCGCUCUUUCUAAACUUUUGGCGAAAAAGUACAGUCUGAGAUAACCAAAAUAUCUAUAAAUAAAUGAGUUUAUUUAUAGAUAAACUACAGGGUCACCCACUGGGCGGCCAGUGAGCAGCUUGGAGUCUGUAAAUGUUUGCGGCCAAGACAAGCUGACCUGUUAUACUAAUAUAGUGACACAUAUAUAGUAUAGUAUAACACUAUAUAGUGAUAUAGGGAUAUACCAGGGUGGCUCUAACUGCAGAUGAUUAGUCAUGUAGCACUUUCAACUAACAAGCACAACUUUACUCGAUUUACAGCACUUAUCCUUUGUCAUGCAGAUUAGCGCUGUAAAAGAAUCCUAUAUUUGAUAGAUUCAAUGGAAGGGAAUGCCCCUUUCGUGUUACCGGUACUUAAUGUUGAAAUAACUACAUGUGUGUCGACAAAAUAAGCAUUGUAAUGAGAGGUAUUAUUAGGGUCUAAAUUAGGUCUCGUGCUUUGCUUUUUUUGGGGGGGCCAGCACGUGAUUUUAAAGAGUUCAUCUUUUUUGGGGAUCAUCACGUGAUACAGUUAGGGUUACGGUUAGGGUUAUUGUGGUGGAAAGAUGAAACGUGUCAAAAUGUGUCGACUGGUUUGAACCUGUGGUACCUUUGUGUUUAACAUGUAUCGUCAGACUGGACCUCUGCUCGGACCAGACUAUUUAAUGGAAGUGUUUGGUCUGUCGUCAUGAAUAGUUGAAUUGCUGAAUAGGUGUUUACAUGGUGAAUGGUUGAUUCCUGUUCAGAUACUUUCAAUUCGGUCCGAUUUAAUAAUAAAUCUGUCCAAAAAGUUAAAAAUGUUAAUUCAGAAUGUUAAAAAAAGAGAAAACUUGCUGAGAGAAUCAGUUGGAUUAUUGUUCCCCGUCUUUGGUUUGACCCGUCGGUAUGCUUGUUGUCAUGUUAACAUAUCUUGUAGUUGAUUCGUUACUAACAUGAACCUAGUGUCCCCUUGUUAAUGUGUAAUGAUCCAAACGUAACGCAGCAGUAAGGGUAACACACGUUUGUGUCCAAACUGUUUUGAAGGUCCAUGUUUGAACUGUCUCCUGACCAGCUCUGUGAUGGUCUGUAUGUUCCAGCGUAGAGAGGAACUGUUUCCAGACCAGCUCUGUUAUGGUCUGUAUGCUCCAGUAGAGAGGAGCUCUGUUCUGCAUCAGCUGCUUCAGAAUCAGAUCAUUGAAUCAUGACGGAUCAGUAAAGCCCACGCACAGACGUUUCCCUAACAUCUGAUAUGACCCCAUUAAAAAGGAGUGUAAGGUGGAUCCGUACAAUGUUUUUCUCCUGGUUUCUACUGGUAUCUGUUUCUCUAUGGUGAAGGUAUUUUACUAUUUCAGGUCAGGUUUCCAGUUUUUAUGGCACAAAUAAAGAAAAGCAACACAACACGCCAUCGGAGAAAGUGAGACAGUAGCUGGUGCAGAGGUACGAGCUGAUGACGUCGUGGUUAGCCUUAUAUCUACUAAUCCUAUGUGAUUUAUUGAACUGUGUGUAUCGUAAAUGAUUAAAUCUAAUAAAAAAUACUUUUGA